AUGCAUUACGACGAUUAUGAUCAUAUCAUACCAGCUAUUGGUAUUCGAUACAGAUAUCCCAAUGAAUAUGAUCCAGAUGAUAUACUAAUCUAUUAUGAUCUUUACUCACCAAGAGCAUUUGAAAAAUCUUUAAGUGAAGAAACCAUGGCUUCGACCAGGGCAGGGAUGACAACAAACACAGAUAUUCAUGGUGAACGUAUACCGUUAAUUGUAAGUAUCAAUCUAUUUUAGACAUAGAGAGUCUAAUUUUUCAUUGCAAGAGUUGAAA